AUGGAUCACCAUCUUCUGGCUUGGUUUCGCUACGCAGUCAUAUUGGGCAUACAUACGAAUGACCUGGAUAAUUAUGCAAUCGAUUUAAUUGAGCUCAAGACCACAUUACGUCGUCUAUUUAUGCAUAAACUCAAGCUACUCAUCUGUCGCUGCUUCAACUAUUUACUAUUGCUUUGCGUUUUCGCUGUCUACAUAAAUGGCUUAUACUGGCGUAAGCGUAUAAGUGGCAUCAUGCUCACCUGGCUGGUGGCCACAAUACUCUUCACCUCGCAGGCGUUAACAAAUCUACUCAUUAUCAUAGAGACGAUAUGGAAGGAGCAGGAGCACGAAGCCUUUCUUCUACUACUGCAGCGCAUUGAGCUUACCUUCAAACUCCGCUUGAGAUAUGCUACUAAUAAGCGUUUAUUUGCUGCGAAAUUGCGUCGAUAUUUAUAUUAUUUAUAUACAAUUUCGCUGGCUGGUCUAGUACUCUUUCUGGUCACUACAUUUUGGCUGCAAUACAUCGGUUACUUUUGGUAUGGUCUGUGGUUCAUAAUUACUAUGCGUAUACGCAUCAUACAACUGCUGGUUUACCUACGUGUGCUGCAACAUUAUUUGCCCUGUCUGGCGCUUCGAUUGAGUGGCAUUGUAGCCUAUCGUAUGACGCCUAAUCAACAAAUAUUGGAUGUGAACAACAAGAGACUCGCAUCACUCGACCUACUGCUGGCGAUUAGGGAAAUCUAUGCACUGCUCUUUGAGGCAUUUCAAUUGCUGAAUGAAUUUGCCGGCUGGUCGCUUUUCAGCAUAAUCACGUGCUAUAUGUUGGAUAUAACGUGUAAUAUAUAUUGGUCUUUGCUUAGCUUGGAUGGCUUUGCGAGACGUCGUUAUUAUUAUAUAAGCAGUAUAUGGUGGCUGGUGCCAAUGCUUGCUAUGGUUUGGUAUGUUUGUCAGCUGGGCGAAAGCUGUAAGAAAUUAGAUCGUUUGUUAGCGAGUUUAUUACGCAAAAUCUUUGUUGCAAAUUCAGCACGUUUUGUGUGUGACUAUCGAUUGGUUUUGCAACAGUUUACAAUGCAAUCAAAACUCCAACACAUUGAAGUAUGCGCAAAAAACUUUUUCAUCCUAGAUACGCGUUUGGUAAUGUCGAUUUUUACAGCAGUAGCAGCAUAUCUGGUGAUAAUAAGGCAGUUUUUGAAUGCUCAACAAAUAAAUUAG